AUGAUUAGACAAAAAAGCAUCCGUGAUGCUCUUCCUGUAACAGUGGAUGGAACAGAGGAGGAAUCCCCCCUGCUAAUGUCAGUGCAGUUGCCAAAGGAGUUUCUUGAAAAUUAUCUUGCAGGAACCUUGGAAAAUAUUCAUCUAAACUGCACUGAUUCCGGCGUAUCCGUCAUAACCGGAGGAAGGUCUUACACCUGUAAUUCGAUUCCAGAAACGGCACCUCAUGAAGUGUAUAGAUUGAAUGAAUCUCGAUCUCUCCAUCUUGUGGGCCGAGUAUAUCAACGUCUCCAAUUGCGUCGAGAAUUUGAUAGCCGUAUGGCAGAACGAGUGAAGAGUAGAACAAAAGAAGCGCAAAAAGAAAAAGAAGAAAAAAGAAUUGUUACCCUUCAUGAUACGGCUGCAAAGUCUACCCAAAACUCUCAAAAACCAAAAACGCAUCGAUUAAUUCAAAAGCAGCCCCACCGUCCCCUAAAUUCAUCUCCUUUUUCAAAACCAUCCGCUCACAAUAGUUUGUCUUCAUCAGUCACAACUCGCUCAUCAUCUCCACCUGCACACGUUGGAUCGUCCUCUGAUUACCCAGCAUCCUCCUCUUCUUCAUCUUUGAAAAGUCGUUUGGAUCUUCGUUCCAGGGUUGUUCAAUUGUUAGCUGUCGCCGCAGAAGAGGAGGAUGUCCUUUUGCAACGCACGAAAGCUCUACCUGCUGAGUUACGUUCUUUACUGCCAGAUAUUGCUCGGAAAAACCAACUAGGAAAGUGGGAGUUGUUUCCAAAGGUUUAUAAAGACAUCAGAGUGUACGACUGGCGGCCUUACAGUGUUGCUGAUCGGCGCACUGUAAUCCAGCGGGCUACUUCUGCCUUUAAUGAAUUAGGUCUACCACAGGAUGCGCCAGAGCGUCUAUCCCUAGGUUCAGGUAAAAAGUCAGCAAAUCCGCUGUCAAAACACAAUGUCGAUAAAAGAAUGCUAUCUAAUCAUGCUCCUACUUCAUCGGUCUUGGCUCCCUCCUUUGUGGACACUAAUUUACCUUCUUCUACCUCUUCACACCCAUUGUUAAGCAACAACUCACAUUCUCAUCACCAAAAAUUUCCAAAAUCUUCCUCGUCGACUGAUUCACCUCCGUCUUCUCUCCAACAUAAAGUUUCAACCAAUUUGUCUCGCACUGGUUCAGAAAGCUCAGCUGUCUCUUUAAGUGAUCCAGGGAACAUGAGCACUCCUGUCUCUGAUAUACCUUCACCUACUUCUUCCGCUAAUUAUUCAAAUUUGUCGUCUCCUCAAGGUAAGCGAAAAACAUAUUCUCCGUCUUAUAGUCAAGCCAGUGCUCGCACGGGCAUUCAUUCGUCCGGUGAUGUGUCAGACACCUUUAACCAGCACCAAAAACAAGAACAAAAUAUAUCAAAGCCAAAAAAACGAAGACAGCAACGAUACACUACGGAGGAAAUAAAGGCAUUAGCAUUGCGUUUUCGGGAAACGUAUCCUCAGUAUAAAAAAUUAUACCAAAAAGUUGCAUCCUUUUACAAUAAUAACGAAACGGAAAAUCCUAAUUUUUCAUCGUUGCAAGAUGAACUGAUUUCACUGCAUUCUCAGCUUAAAAGCUGGAAAAAUACUCUAUACGCUGCGUCCGAUGAUCUGCCAAUAUAG